CGAUUUGGGAUUAGUAAAUCAACAUGCUGGUCAGUUUUGUACCGAACUUGCUUUAAAAUUUUGGAUGUAAAUAGGGCCUUUAAAGUUAUUUGUUGGCCCUCAAGACACCGAGCUAUUACUAUUACAGAGGGGUUUCAAGUAAUUAACGGACUUGAAGGUACACUCCUACGCUACAGUUUUUGUUGACUCUUUGCUGAAAUUUAUUUAAUUUGCAGGUGUAAUAGGAUGUAUUGAUGGUAGCCAUAUACGCAUAUUACCACCCAGUGAUUAUCCAAACUCAUAUUAUAACAGAAAAGGUUUCCAUUCAGUACUUUUACAAGGUGUUUGCGAUAAUCAGAAACUAUUUACUCAUGUUUACACAGGGGAAUGUGGAUCAAUUCAUGACAAUAGACUGUUAGAGAAGUCUGACUUAUUCAGAGAUAUUGUUGCAGGAGAAGCCCAAUUUCCUAAUGAUAGUUUCCUUCUUGGUGAUUUGGCCUAUAAGUUAAGAGAAUUUCUCAUGGUUGGCUUCAAAAAUACAGGAAAUUUAACACAAAGACAAAUAAACUUUAACCAACGGAUUUCUGAGGUUAGGGUGAAAAUAGAAAAUGCAUUUGCCUUAUUGAAGGGUCGCUUCAGAAGAUUAAAAUUUUUGGAAAUCGUUAGACACGACCUAAUUUGUCUUUUAAUUACAUCUGCAUGUAUCCUACAUAAUCUCUGUAUAUUAAAUGGCGAUGAGGCAGAUGAUAUUGUUAAUAUUCAAGAAGAACGAAACGAAGAAAGGGUGAUUAAUCAUGACGAUGUUUAUAAUCAUGUGAACCAGGACCAGCUGGCUGAUGCUAAACGACAAAGGAUUAUGAACCGAUUACAAAUGUUGCAGAAUGGUAGAAUGGAAUAAGGAUAGUAACUUCAAGGUCUUGGUUCAUUAAAUAAAUAGCUACAAGAUUUGUUAAAUAAAUUUGUUUAAUACUCUUUAUUUUAUAAUAAACUGCAAAGCUUUACUACAUAUAUAUUGAAAGUUAUUUAACAAAACAUUUUUUUUUCUUUCACAAAACUACCUAUGAAACAAAAGGAAAAAGGAACAGAAUCCAUUGCUAUACAUACCUAUCUAAUAAACUAGAAGAACUAAAAUAAACAUCAGGAACUUAAAACCUAAAAAAAAAUAAUUAUUGUCAGGUAUGUCAGUUCUUGGUCUUUUUCCAGACAUGGUUUAACUGAAAUAAAAUAAUAAACGUCAUCCUAGGAAUUCACACAAAAAAAUAAUAAUUUACAUACGUUUGCUUGUUCGGGUCAUUUGAUGUACUGUUCUCAACUGCUGUUGCCAACCUGUCCAAUAUAGCCAAAUAUCUAUCUUGUCUUUCCAAUUUCUCCUUAUGUCUUCUUUCGACAGCGUUUUCUAUAUUUUUUCUUUUACGCAUAAAGGAAGAUUUAUAUGUGGGUGUGGUUUUGCUUCCUGAUGGAAUAGGUUCCUCUGUAUCUAAAAAAAAACUUGGCUGCUAAAUAACUUUUAAUUGUUUCCAACAACAGAAUGCGUUUGCACAUUUACUAAAAUAGUACCUACCUAAUCUUUCAUCAAUCUCAUCAGAAGUAGGAGUUUGUGGCGUUCGAUUUAUAAUCAGGCCACUUUUGCUGGAACAUGUAGCUAUUGCGUUUAUCUCGGGUUUCGAGUACAACAGCUUAUGCAUUAGUUUAAAAUAUUCCCACGCUUUAAAGCUCUUUCCAGACUGCUCAUUAUGCUUCUUUACCUGUUUGUACAUGUUUUUCAAUCCUUUAAAUUUUGUAUCACAUUGCUGUGGUGAAUAUUUUUGAUUAAAUUUUUCUUCAAGUUCUCUAGAAACCUUAUUCCAGACAAAUCUUUUAACUCCUCUUUGAAAGUCCUCGUCAUAUUUCUCACACAACUGUAUUAAAUAUUUUGUUGACUCGAAUGUCCACAGUCUACUUUCUAAAAAAGUCGUAAAUUUUACAAUACUUUCACUAAAACUAUAUACUCGUACCUUUUAAAGUUUCAGUUGAAGCCACAUCAUUAUUAUUAUUGUGAAAAACUUCAUCAUUCAAAUCUUCAACCACAUGUGAGGAUGAAGCCUGAUCCUCGGCCUGAUCUAGCUCUUUAUUAGGACACGUAGUAUUGUUAGGCGAGUUUUUGGACAAAACUAUCUUGAAAGCAGCUAAUAGAUUUGUUUUCUCCUUAUGUUUCUCCAAAAGUGUGGUCGCCAAAGCUAAAUCUAAUGUCGAAAACAACUGUAUAAAUAAUAAGGCAAAAUACUAAAAUAGAUACCAAACUUACCAUUUUCAUUAAUAAUUUUGUCAAAUUCAUCAUCAGAAACUUCGAGAGUGUAAGUUAGAUUUUCUUCAUUGUCGAAUAAUGAUAAUUCUUUCAUCCUGGCUGCUGGCUUUUAUUAUUACCACUUUCUCAAAAAUUAAAAUUAACAGUCAACACAAACAAAAACUAACCUCAAAUGCCAUGAAAAGUACAGAUUAAUCUAUUUCAUCUGUCUAAAAAGCUGGAGCAAACGGAGGUCGUCCAGAUUGAUCCGAUUGAAUAACCGAACGAUGUAGAUUUUCGUCCGCUACCUCCGGAGCUAAUAAACGAACGCUUCAGAUUAAAAAGAUCGAUCUAGAUGUAAAUACCGAACGCGACUAAUGUUCUUUUCGCAUAAUUGUACAGUGUAGUUAACGAUUUUUAUAAACUGUGUGCUUUAUUUGCUCGCUGCUAUAAGUAUAAUAAGUUGGCAGUUACCACACUCACCACCCCCCAGGGUACAAAGAUCAAGUAGAAUUUUAUUUCAAAUUUAACCUAACUUUAUUGUGGUCUUCCAUGAAAACAAAUAAUAAUAAUAAUAAUAAUAAUAAUAAUAUUAAAUAGUGCUGGCAAUUGGCAAAUUGCCUAGUAGCAAAGCUAUAAAACAAAACAAGCAAGCAAAAUAAUAAUAAGUAUUAUUCCACAAUAAUUGAUGUUCUGUGAGCCGGUUUAAAUAUUAAGUGGUAUACCUAUCGACCCAAAAAUGGCGUUGAAAAACGCAUUCGAUCUGCCUAAUUUGGAUAAUUUAUUGAAACAUCAUGGAAUCGACUCAGAAAAAGUAGUUAUUGUUUCAAUAAUAGGCAAAAGCUCACUAAACACGUCCGGUCUAAAAAUCAAGUCAAUUGGACGACUAUUUCCUUUGAACGAAAGGCCCAAUAAGACUUGUAUUAAAGGUUCAUAUGAUGAAAAACAUCAAAUAGUUUAUCUGCAUUUGUUCAGUCUACUAGACGCUGACGUUUUAGUAGAAAGUAUGGGAGGUUUCGACGACGAUAACGAAGUUCCUGAAGAUUUUGAUUUUCUGUCAAUGUACGACGAAAUCAAAGACACAUUUAGCAGACAUCUUCUGUUCUUGUUCUAUGUGAGCCAUAUUAUUAUUUUAUCACAUCCUGGAAGCACUUUUGAUACUAGUUACAUUCAGUAUUUUAAAGCCUUGGACUUAUUGAGCAAAAAACUAUUUGAUAAAAUUUGCAAUAGUUUAAAGUCGCUUGAUAAAUUAAACUCUGAUUGGGUGGCUAAUGGUAGACCGUGUACUCCAAGAAUGCUUUUUUAUUUUGAAAGAUCAAACACCAAGAAUAAAAACCUUAUUAAAAAAUUGGAGCAUAAUAUGGAAGAUAAAAUUUAUCACAUAUUGAAAAAAACUCGGAUAAUCACAACAACCGGCUGUUCCUUGUUUGCGAUUCCAUUGAACGACGAAUUCGUUUACGUAGAUGAAUCAGCUCCAAAAGAUGAGCUUACCGAAGCUGUUAGAGGAUUACUUCAAGAUUGUCAACCGGGUGUCUCGACGCAAGUGCAAGCUCCAUUUUCUACCGAACCGUCUUCCGAAAAAGAUUUUGUGAAGUUUUUACUUGUUCACGUUCAACAAGCCAAGAACAAAGGAUUCAACGAUACUGCGUCUUCUUCAAGACACCAACACGCUCCUGCGCAUUUUGAAUUGCCAAUUCUAGGUCACUGGAUCGCAGCUUCACAAUGUCUCUACAGUUUAAUCAUCGAAGAAGAAACCCCAAUAACCUCCUUACACACUGACACCCGUUUUUCUGAACAAAGAUGUCUUAAAGUCUUACCUCUAGCUGUCGCUAAGUACCAAGAAGGUUUACCGCCACAUUAUGCCAAAGCCGAACACGAAGCCCGAUUAGCUGUAGCUUUGAAUCUGUUCAGGACUCAAGCUAGAGGACCCAAAUAUGCUCAGUAUGAGCUUCAAUUGGAGGUCGAGUGUCAAGCGCAUUGGGAGAAUGGUAGGCAACAAUGCGAGGCUGCUUCUAUGACCGGGAACCCUUGCAAAUUGCCAAAGCACGCACCUGACCAGGAACAUAUUAGUGGAAUUAUAUACAAAUCUGCAUGUGAUUGUGGUCGGAAAAUUGGCAACAGAGACGACCCCUACACAGUGAUGCAAGCAAACUAUCAAUUCUACCAACAAAUGGCUACUAAAGAAUGUCACUGUUCAAAACUAGAAAGAAUCGAGUUUCCAAUUUUUGAACCAUCCAUCGAGGAAUUCAAAGCAGCCACGAUUCAGGAAACUGAAGAGGCGAUAUCUGUUUUAACAGAUAAAAGUGCUCAACUUAGUCUAGAGGUUGACAAAGGUUUAGUGAGGCAACCAAGCACCACAGAAUAUUUACCGGGAAUGUUAACGUUAAAUUCACCACCAGGACUACUUCCCGUGUUUCCCAGUUGGUCUUUGACGUGUUUGGGAGCCUCAUCCAUAUACAGUCAUAAUUUAGGUUUAUCUGACUCUUACCAUCCCGGAUUUUUGAGUUCCACCAAUUACCUUCUCCCCUGGGACGUUGCAGUCGGAUCGAAAUCGCAAAAAGCUUGGCCAGCUAUUGGAAAAUACACGAACAGAGGUAGAAGAGGAAGAUCGACAAGCACAAGUUUGCCUCAGACUGUCAAAGUUUUUAUUGGAGUUGAAUAUGAGUGUUCUUCUGGUCAUAGGUUUAUGCUUUCUGCUCCAGACCGAAUGUUGAAGGCAGCUCCGGGUAGUAUUGUAAAGGAAACCGGUCAUAAAAUUGCAGAAUCUGACGUGCCUUUGUAUUUUCUCUGUACUUGUCGGCCAGGAAAAAUGGCACAACUUAUGAGGCUGCAUGUUGUUACUCCAAAAGCUUCGGUUUAUUGUACUCUAAAUCCAAAGGUUCAACCAGGUGCAGGAGCUCCAAUUUUUAUAAGUACCAGCGAUGGACCAAUUAAACUAACCCAGUCGUCUUACUGGGUGAUGAGACUUCCGUUUGCUUAUGUUGCCGAUAAGGAACAUUUCAAGCAAAACCUGACUGGAAAAUUGUUGCAAGGAACUUUUGGUGUCGUUGAAGCUGAAUAGAUUUUAAAAUUAUUUAUUUUGUAUUGAAUUUUUAAGUGUACAAAUAAGUUUUAAAUAUUUAUAAUUUUAUUAAUAAUGAAUAUUUAUUGUGCAUUUACUUGAAUAAUAAAAUAUUGAAAUACCUA